CUAAAAUAAAAUAAAACAAAAAUAAGACCUAAAUCAUAUUCAGAACAAGCUCUCCCUACCUACAUCUCUUCUCUCUCGAUCGACUUUGUUCAGGUUGUAGUUUGAAUCUGGCUGGUCUUUGAGAUUUUUGGGUGCUGCUGCGUUCAGUUACGGCUUACAAAGAUUUUUAAGUGAUUGUAAGGGCCCCAUGAAAAAUCUAAGGCAGCUUUACUUGGAAGCUCAAGGAAGACAAUGUCCGAACUUAGGAAUAGAUUUGCCAUUGGAUCUCGUCAUGGAGAUUUUGUCGAGAGUUCCAGCAAAGAGUAUAAAAAGGUUUUGUUGCGUAUCGAGAUUGUGGGGAUACAUACUUGGCCUUCCUUGUUUUACCGAGUUGUUCCUGACCAAGUCUCCGUGUCGUCCACCCCUACUCUUGUUCACCUUUGAAAAUAAGGAGAGUAUAUUCUUCUUCUCUGCACCUCAGCCUCAGAAUCCGGGUGAUGAUUCAUCUCUUGUACCUGCUCGUUAUAAUGUUCACCGCAAGCAUUAUCCCAAAGAUUUUUCAGUUAGAGUUGGUUCUCCUCUUGGUGGAUUCAUCUGUCGUCAAGAUAAGGGGAAAGUAGAUACUAUAGUUGUUAGUAACCCCGUCACAGGAGAGUCAAUAUUCUUACCAGAGGUGAAAUCCAAGAACAUUAAUAUUCAGAUGAUACCUUUUUUAGGAUAUGAUCCCAUCAACAAACAGUUCAAAGUAUUGUGCGUCAAGUUUGGGGAUGUCCCAAAUACGUCUGAUGACCAUCAAAUUCUGACAUUGGGGAAUAAUAAAAAACAUUUAUGGAGAACAACCCUAUGCAAACCCCAUUAUCCUAAAUCUAAUGGAAUAUGCAUUGAUGGUAUUUUGUAUUAUUCAUCUGGGUUUGAUUUGAGGACAACAAGGGUUUCCACCAUAGUCUGCUUUGAUGUCAGGUCCGAGAAGUUUAGCUUUAUCAACAUAGAUCAUCAAUGCAUGUUUAUGACUUGUGCUUGUACUUUGAUCAACUACAAGGGUAAAUUAGGUGCCCUCCAGUUUACAUUAUCGAAUCUAAGAUGUCUUGUGUUUUGGGUUCUUGAGGAUGCUGGAAAAUGUAAAUGGUCCAAGUGUGUCUACACUAUACCUCCUUUGUGGAACAACAUAGUUGGUCGUUCUGACUUGGACAUUGUUGGAGUGACAUCUGGAGGUGAAGUUGUGUUGGCCACGAUGCAUCUGCUUCAUCCAUUUUACAUUUAUUACUACAAUCCCAAGGGCAAUACUUUCAUAAGAGUUCUAAUCCGAGGUCUGGAAGGGUUUGUACGUGCGAGAGUUUACACUUCUCUAGACUAUGCUGAGAAUUUGAAACAUAUGACUGAGUAUGACAAAGGAGUUAACACAAACAUUUACUCUUUAACGGAGGCUAUUUCAAGUCAGCUUAUGCAUCAGUACGCAUUAUUAUAUAUCUUUAUCUUCAAAAUUUCGUUUCUUCUUUCACACAAAAUUUGUCACUGCUUAACAGAAGAGCAUGUUUGAAGAGCCAAUGCUUUGGGAGUGAAAUACAGUGCACCAAGCCUAUUUAGACCCGCCAAGAUUGCUUAUGCAUGUUUAGACAUAUUCCAGUUAUAUGUAUUCUCCUUUUCUAAUAAUAUACAUAUAUCUGUUUUGUUGUAAAUAAUACUCUCUUUGGCUGUUUGAACUAGUAAGUUCAUAUCAUUUUGUAUAAUAUAUAAAGUAAUUAAGAAAAAAAA